AUGGCCUACAAACGCCUCGUGUGCCUCAACAACAAAUUUCGCAAGGAUCCGUCACUGAAGCUGGCUAUGCAGAAGCAGAUCGACAACCUUUUGGCUAAGGGAUACGCAAAGAAGUUGAACACAGCUGAGCUAGUAGCACAUAAAGGACGCGUGUGGUACAUGCCAAUAUUCGUGACUUGCAACCCAAAUAAGCCCGGGAAAAUGCGCCUAGUCUGGGACGCAGCCGCUAAAAGUAAAGGAGUAGCGCUUAACGACGCCGUUUUAGGCGGGCCCGACUUUUUGAUUCCUUUAGUCGACAUCUUAUUGAAAUUCCGUAUCGGAAAGGUCGCCAUCUGCGGCGAUAUCGCCGAAAUGUUCCACCAAAUUAAUGUAACUAAUAACGAUAUGCACGUGCAAAGGUUUCUUUGGCUGGACAACGAGGACGACAUUAGCCAACCCAGCGUCUACGUCAUGCGCGCCCUCACGUUCGGUAUAAGCUGCGCUCCGUGCAUUGCGCACUAUGUGCGCGACAAAAACGCGAACACCUUCGUUCAACAAUUUCCGGAAGCCGUCGAUGCUAUAACACGUUACCAUUACGUUGACGACUUUAUCUACAGCGGGGAUAGCGAACAGGCUGUCAUACAACUAGCAAAAAUGGUAAAACAUAUACACGCCGCCGCCGGGUUUCAUAUUCGAAACUGGGCAUCAAACUCAGCAGUGGUCUUAAAACAUAUGGAAGGCAGUUGCAAUAGGACUCAAGAACCAUUGCAGUUGAAUUCGAACGAAAAGAUUCUAGGAGUAUACUGGGAUCCAAAUAAAGACGUAUUCAAAUACGCGCUCAGGUUCACAAGACUAAAGCGAAACGUUGUAGCAGGCGACACUACACCAACAAAGCGCGAGAUCCUUCAGGUCUUAAUGUCCAUUUUCGACCCUCUUGGUCUUCUAUCUAACUAUACCAUAACACUAAAAAUUUUACUCCAAGAAAUAUGGCGCUCAGGCUUAGAUUGGGACGAAGAGAUCGACGCCGCAAUGGAGUCAAAAUGGUGCCAGUGGAAGAUCGCUCUAUCAGCCAUGGCCAAACUGGAAAUACCCAGGUGCUACUCAUUUCAUCUUGAUGUCGCUGAAGAUGUUCAACUGCAUACCUUCGCAGACGCCGGCGAAUUUGGUUACGCAGCGGUAUGCUACCUGCGCAUCAAAAGUGGCUCCCGUAUCGACGUCUCUAUCGUAGCUGCUAAAUCAAAGGUGGCACCUCUGAACCCGGUAUCAAUCCCCCGUCUGGAACUUCAAGCAGCCGUACUGGGUGCGAGACUGGCUUCAAAGAUACAAGGCAUAUCACGGCUACAAAUAAAAAAGAGAAUAUUCUGGACGGAUUCAACGACGGUACUGAAAUGGCUCGGUAUGGAUCCCCGACAGUUCCGCCAAUUCGUAAUGUUUAGAGUUGCUGACAUCUUGGAGCGAACGAAUUUGAACCAGUGGAAAUGGGUACCAUCGCUUUUAAACCCUUCGGACCGGGCAACUAAGGUUGACUCUAAAACUGACGCAAGCCUUUGGUUUAAUGGUCCCACAUUCUUGCAAUACGAUGAAAGCAAGUGGCCCUACCGCGACGACCUGGGACCAGUCGACAACAGCGAAGUGAAAAAUCACUUACUACAUAUCCGGAAGCUGGAACAGAAGAAACUCACUAUCAACUUCGAAUAUUUUUCAAACUGGAGAAGGCUGUAUCGUGCGCUGGCUAGAUUCAUUCUUUACAUAGAAAAAGUCAAAGCAAGGUCUCGGUCCCGGGAACUUCCCAACAGGGUCACGUUUGAAAUGGUUAAAGCAGCAAAAACGGCACUAAUAACUCAGGCGCAGCUUAGCGAGUAUGAAAACGAUCUACUUAGCCUAAGAAGCGAUGAGUUUGAUGUCAUACGUGUUCGAGGUCGGGCCGAAUUCCUCGCAGCUCGCAGUGCUGUGGUUCUGCCGGGUAAACAUCACGUCGCCUACCUUAUAGUUAAAGACGCCCACGAAAGGUAUCAACACAUAUCACACGAAACUGCAAUAAACGAAAUAAGAGGGAGAUUCCAUAUACCGCGACUGCGUGUCCUGUACCGCAUGGUACGUCGAAUGUGUCAAACCUGCAAAAAUAAAUUCGCGGUACCUCGUCCUCCACAACUGGCUCCCUUACCUGCCGCUAGACUCGCAAGUUUCGAACGACCGUUUAGUUAUGUUGGGAUCGACUAUUUUGGCCCAAUGCUCGUCGCUGUCGGCAGGCAUCGAGAAAAACGUUGGGACGUAAUCUUCACGUGCCUCACGGUUAGAGCCAUCCACGUAGAGAUCGCCUACAGCCUCGACACAAGCUCCUGCGUCUUGUGCCUACGCAACUUUAUUUCACGACGCGGAGUACCGAGAGAAAUCUACACCGAUAACGGCACGAACUUCAAAGCGACCAACAAUAUCUUGCGUAUCGAAGCGAAUCAAGUAGACUACGCAACUAUCCAGACCAAAUUUGACAAUAUUAAGUGGAACUUCAACCCACCGGCGGCGCCUCAUAUGGGCGGAGCGUGGGAACGUCUUAUAAGGUCGAUCAAGACCGUGUUAAAUGGAAUGCAUCCCGAGCACAACUUUAACGAUGAAACCCUUCGUAGCGCUCUCUUAGAAGUUGAGUUCAUGAUCAACUCAAGACCGCUUACCUUCGUUACCAUAGACGGGUGCGACGAUGAAGCACUCACGCCGAACCACAUAUUAAUGGGCUCAUCCUCAGGCUACAAACCAAUUGGAACCAGCGGAGACCUGCGUCAACGCUAUCGUCAAACGCAACUUUAUGUGGAUAGGUUCUGGCAGAGAUGGGUGCAAGAGUAUCGGCCGAUCCUAACGCGGAGAUCCAAGUGGUUCGAGAAGCAACCCCCUUUAAAGGUUGGCGACGUAGUGGUAAUUGUUGACGAAUCUAUGGCAAGAAACUGUUGGCCGAAAGGCAUCAUAGUAGACGUCGUCACAGCAAAAGAUGGCCAGAUCGAAGACAUCAUGGCAUCAAGGAAGGCAUGCCCCUGGCUCCAACGGCGGAAACGGAAAACUGCCUACAAUGCCGGCUCUGCCACCGGUACCACGCCUUGCGGACGUGCUCGGCCUUCAAGGCGAUGA